AUGCAACAUAAUAGACAGUUGGAACUGCUAGAAUUUGACUGUUCUCAUGGGUUCAGUCUCACUCCACAAAGUCAGUACCGUUGGUAUCAGGUGCUCUACCAAGUGGGUGUAUUUAUUUCACGGUCCUCAUCGGAUUUAAUCGCAUUACCUGGAGAAGUGUUACCAGUUUUAGCAUUGCUGCAGGUUCUCAAUGCAACUGUUUUGUACUGUGAAGCAACUAGUCGUUUUAUAUCACACAUUUUCAUUUUGUUCUGUGUUAUCAUCUAUGAAGGACUCUUGGGAGGAGCUUCUUAUGUAAAUACAUUUAGGGUUAUCCAUGAGGAGAUACUCGCUGACGAAGAGUGUCAGUAUGGAUUUUGUUCGAUAUCGGAUACAUUUGGUAUCUUGCUGGCCGGCUUUACUGCCAUUCCAGUCCACAAUAUUGUAUGCGACAGCCCUCUGUGA